CGACGACUGACGUAAUGCACAUGCAUUCAGGCAAGGAACAUGAAUGCAUGUGAAACCGCUUCCGCUGUGAUGACGAAGCGUGCCCGCACAGAGGGCGCGUCGGCUGCUUCGGCGGCCUCACUCUCCCCCUCCCUCUUCCUCAAGGUGCUUGAUGAGGCGGGCAGUGCGGUGGCGGACUACAUCUGUGCAGCGGACCUGUAUGCCCUCCGCCUGACCUCCCGCGUGGCCACACAGCAGCUCACCGACAACUACCUCGUCCAGCGCAUCAACCGGUGCAUCACCGACCAGCAGAUAGGCGGCGUGCUGACCUUCGACGCCAGCUACCAGCCGGGCGAUGGCGAGGCCACGCCGCGGAUGGCCUACUUGCUGCAGCUGCUGUGCGUGUUGGAGGAUGGCGGGCAGUGGGCCGGGUGGGUGGGCCCGAUGCGCAUCGCCCGACACGGCCGGGUCGUCGAGUCGCUGCCCAUCACUGUGAGGCCGGCGGACGUGCGGCGUGUGGGGUCCAAGGCGGUGUUUGACGGCCGGGCGGACAGCCUCAAGCAGUACAGCCUCUUCGGCCACCUGCUGGGGCAAGAUGAGGCGAUGGCCCUCAGACAGAUCGACGGCGUCGAGCAGCUGGGCGACACGGUGGUGACCGUCUACACGCAGCAGACCCUCUCCGCCACCCAUGAAUUCGCCGGUUCGUUCGACUGAACGGACCCCAUCGUGAGAGGUGAGAGCGAGACGAGAGGGACGAUGCACAUGGCAUAGCAGGGCGAUGCUCCUGUGUGGUCAAUGAUGUGUGUGCGUUUGUGCUGCCAUCAGUGAACAACGAGAUGGAUUACAUGAGUUUCCGACACCUGGUCGUCAAGCGGUAAGGCGACGCCAGAAGCCACCCCCACACACAUAUGGAUGAUCCGUCUGUGUGCCUCUCUGCCUAGUUUUCCGUCUCACGAGCGAAGCAUGUGUCAUCGCAUGAUCAACGGCGCGUCAGCACAGGCUCGGUGGCAGCGAGCUGUCGAUCUGCUGACCCAAGUAGGUUAAUGGCGUGGCUCGACAGAUGGCUAUCUCCGUCAACGCACCUCCUUGUGUUGCAGGCCGCCAUCCCCUGGGGUCGCCAGACCAGGACUGUAGACAACGGCCGGCGGAGCGGCUCCAUCUACCUGUGCGGAGGGGGCCAACACGACACCUUCGCCGCUCUCAUGUACAUCGACAACUUCUACUACGUGGCGACGAUCGACCUCUACACAACUGAGACGCCGCAGCCAGACCAGGAGGGCCCCUUCCGCUUCCCCCAGACCCUCCAGCUGGCCCGCCAGCUGCUGGGCAAAGACGACGAGGAGACCCUCUUCGGGGACCUGACGAUAGAAUUCCUGCGCUUCGGCCAGUUCCAUUCACUUCUUCAUUUGGAAGCCAAAUUGGUGGAAGAAGCCGUGAUUAGAUACAACGCGCGACGAAAUUCAUCUAAGCAUUGAUUCGGGGAGGUGCUCUGCCAGGUAUGUGUCCGUGUCUGUCUGCCUCCCCUCCUCCUGCCAGUUCCGUGUGUCAGCGAGGAAAUCCACAGGGGCUCAUGCGCGGUUUGGUCAAGGCCAAGGGCAAGGCAGCCUAGCCAGAUGCGAUGCAUGUUGAUUAUGCGGGCAGUGUUUGAAAUUCGUGAGCUUGUGUUUGAGUUCGAGACGGAAGCCAGAGCCACGGAGGCUAAAUGGACUUCAUUUCUCGGUGAGAGUCACGGUGUUUCGUGGUAGAGAUGCGCCGCGUGUAAAUGGAAGCCUGUUUGAGGAGCAAUUCAUCGCAAUUGGUUGUACGUGUAAGAAUAGGUGGGAGAGAGUCGGGGAGAAUGGUGAAGAGAGGAUCUGCCGGGCGGUCAGUCCCGGAUAAAGGAUUAAGUCAAUGCAACGUAAGGUCUGUGGAUUUUGUGGAGAGUCCACGUAGGACAUGUAGUACGCGUCAG